UCGCCUUUCCCUCCACACCCCCCCCAACAACACCACCGCCCAUUUCCCUUUCUCUUCCUCUUCUUCUUCCUUCUCCUCCUACUCCUCUGCGAUUGACAAAGAUAAGUGAAGUGAGCAGGCGCCAAUGGGUGCUUUUCUUCUGUUCGUGUGCGUGCUCGCGCCUUUCUUGCUUGUCUGCGCCGUCCGCGGCCGCCGCCGGCAGGCGGGCUCGUCGGAAGCGGCGGCGUGCGGCCUGCCGCUGCCGCCGGGGUCGAUGGGGUGGCCGUACGUCGGGGAGACGUUCCAGCUGUACUCGUCCAAGAACCCCAACGUGUUCUUCAACAAGAAGCGGAACAAGUACGGUCCCAUCUUCAAGACGCACAUCCUGGGAUGCCCCUGCGUGAUGGUGUCCAGCCCGGAGGCGGCGCGGUUCGUGCUGGUGACGCAGGCGCACCUCUUCAAGCCCACCUUCCCGGCGAGCAAGGAGCGGAUGCUGGGUCCCCAGGCCAUCUUCUUCCAGCAGGGCGACUACCACGCCCACCUCCGCCGCAUCGUCUCCCGCGCCUUCUCCCCCGAGUCCAUCCGCGCCUCCGUCCCGGCCAUCGAGGCCAUCGCGCUCCGCUCCCUCCACUCCUGGGACGGCCAGUUCGUCAACACCUUCCAAGAGAUGAAGACUUACGCGCUGAAUGUGGCAUUGCUGUCCAUCUUCGGGGAGGAGGAGAUGCGCUACAUCGAGGAGCUGAAGCAGUGCUACCUGACGCUGGAGAAGGGGUACAACUCGAUGCCGGUGAACCUGCCGGGCACCCUGUUCCACAAGGCCAUGAAGGCCCGGAAGAGGCUGGGCGCCAUUGUGGCCCACAUCAUCUCUGCCCGGCGCGAGCGGCAGCGGGGGAACGACCUGCUAGGGUCGUUCGUGGACGGCCGCGAGGCCCUCACCGACGCCCAGAUCGCCGACAACGUCAUCGGCGUCAUCUUCGCCGCCCGCGACACCACCGCCAGCGUCCUCACCUGGAUGGUCAAGUUCCUCGGCGACCACCCCGCCGUCCUCAAGGCCGUCACCGAAGAGCAGCUGCAGAUUGCCAAGGAGAAAGAGGCGUCGGGCGAGCCGCUGUCAUGGGCGGACACGCGGCGGAUGAAGAUGACGAGCCGGGUCAUCCAGGAGACGAUGAGGGUGGCGUCCAUCCUCUCCUUCACCUUCAGGGAGGCCGUGGAGGACGUGGAAUACCAAGGGUACCUGAUCCCCAAGGGCUGGAAAGUGCUACCUCUGUUCCGCAACAUCCACCACAACCCCGACCACUUCCCCUGCCCGGAAAAGUUCGACCCGUCCCGGUUCGAGGUGGCGCCCAAGCCCAACACGUUCAUGCCGUUCGGGAACGGGACCCACUCGUGCCCGGGCAACGAGCUCGCCAAGCUGGAGAUGCUCGUGCUCUUCCACCACCUCGCAACCAAGUACAGGUGGUCCACGUCCAAGUCCGAGAGCGGCGUCCAGUUCGGCCCCUUCGCGCUGCCGCUCAACGGCCUCCCCAUGAGCUUCACCCGCAAGAACACCGAGCAGGAGUGAAAACCGAACAGGGAGACAAAAAGAAGAA